CACAGAGCCUGCGGUUUUUCGACUAUAGCUUAUAGGAUCGUGCUUUUAUAUUGGAUCUAACCCUUUGCACCGCAAAGUUGCCCGCCGCCCCCGAGCCGCUGGAAAGUUCAAGAACACACGAAAGCUCCUUCAACCCAGCUCAAGGGCUGACUGACUAGCAGCCUAGCCCAAGAUGUUUUCCGUUGUCUUACCUAGCCGGCCGUGCCUCACGAAUCCCACCCCCAUCCAAGCAGAUCCUAGUUCCCCCGCGACAAAUUUCGUAUUUACCUUCCCCGCAUGGCCCAAGUUCUCGCACAUUGUCGUCUUUCUUCUCCCCGGCAUCACACUUCCCGCCGACGCUGCAGCAGCUGUAUAUAUCCAAUUCUCCACAGGAGCGAAUCCAAACCCCAAUCCGCAGGAUUUCCGCUUUCUCGGCGCAAUUGCCAACGAAAAACCCUCUGCGAUAUUCAAAGUCAAUGACCCCGUUCGCCAACGCACGGAAGCCGAAGAGGAAGAUGAAAUGCUUGACGCGGGAUCUCCACCAUCACCCAAUAUCAAUAUGACCGUUACCCUAGGCAUAUCCAUUGAACCUGCACAGGCCGUGGCUUCCAAACUAGCUACAUUGAAGGCUCAAUCGGCAUCUACGGAGCUUGUCAGGAGGGGUGAUAUGUUUCAGAGACCGAAUAUAUCAACGAAGCUGCUUGCUCAAAGGAUAAUUGGGAACGCGUUCAAUUUCCUUUCAAGCUUUGCGACGUCAGACGGGCGGGAAGAGAUGGUGCCGUUGAAGAGCUUCAGGGACUGGUGGUCGAAAUUUGAGAGGAGAAUAGAGUCCGAUCCGGGCUUUUUGGAAAGAGAAGGGAGUGUGUGAAAAGAGAUAUCCCUUUGGUACUAGAAAUGAUGGGAGCAAAAAGUCGUUUUACAAGAAAUCUUGGAGAUACCGUGGUAGAAUAAAAGAUUGGAGUGGAGUCAUGAGGCAGAACACGACCAUGUGAUACUACACGGCCCUGUCUGCAGCUUUAGCGAAACCUAUCUGUUGAUCGCGAUUUGGUCGAGGUACCACUGCUGCUGAUGUUGCCGCAGCCAUAUGCUCUCAGUGGAGAUGCUCCAGGAAAGAAAAAUUUGUGUCUGCAUAUUAUAGAGAUGUUGUACUCUAUCGUUUCAAGAAUCAUGUCUGUAAACUAAAUUAUGUAUAUAAAAACCCCCCAGGAGCCAAUAAGGUCUAUUCACGGCAUCUGUUUGGGACUCUAUCCCGCUG